AUGGACCCUCUCAAACACGAAGCUCCAGGCUGUCUAGUCUACAUCAACGGCUACCCUGGCGUCGGGAAGCUAACCAUCGCCACCCACCUCUGCACCCUCCUAGGCUCCAGCCGCGCCCUCCUAAUUGACAACCACCAACUCAUAGACCCUGUUACCAUCCCCCGCUCAGCAGGAGAAGCAUACUACGCCGAGCGGCGCAGGAUACGUCAAGCCGCCCUCGAAAACUACGUGCUCGCUCCUCAAAUGCAGAACAAAAUCAUCGUCUUCACUGACUCGCAGGUCGUUGGACCAGUGGGGCCAGGGGUAGCGGCCGAGUUUGAAGCCGCGGCGAGGCAGAGCGGAAGGGCCUUUUUGCCGGUUUAUAUUACUUGUUUGGAGGAGGAGAACUGGAGGAGAUUGGGCAGUGAGGAGAGGGGCAAGGGCGGGAAGGGGAAGUUGAUGGACGUGGAUAUUCUGAAAGGAAUUAUUCGGGAUAUGGAGUUGUUUCGGUUUGCUGAUGUACCGGGGUUAAGCAUUGACGCGACGACACGGAAGCCUGAAGAUGCAGCAGGGGAGAUAUUGUUGGCGAUAAAGGAUAUUGUAGGGCUUGGGGAAUGA